ACAGAACCUUAUAAUACUGUCACCAUGCAAGAAAGAGGGUAGAAGAAAGGAUGGGAGUUUUAAUUUUAAAUUAAUUUAACUUUCUAAAUAUUCUUUGAUCGACAAAAUUAUCUCAUCAGAUGAAUCAGGCUCUUUUUUUUCCUUUAACCGUUUCCCCAACAGGAUACCUUUAUUUUGUUUCCAGUUUGGGAUUGAUCAUAAAUUGUUUUGUUUUUGUUUUAUGAGAAACCUACCUCCAUAACACAGCGUCACACAGAGGGAGCCACAGAAAACAAACGCAUUUUGAAUUUGCAUGUCAUAAAAAGGGUAUUCUUAUAUUUAUAACGAAAUGGCAACAUCAGCUCGUGUGGACCAUUUUGCAGCAGAGUGCCUUGUGUCAAUGUCCAGCCGUGCGAUUGUCCAUGGUCCAAGAGGGAGUAUAGAUAUCAAACCAGAAACAAUGUCAGUCCCGAGAAACGGAGAGGAUACUAAAGAAGCAAAUAAAGACCCACUGGUGAAAGAUAACUCGUCUCUCUUUGUGGUGGCCAGAAUUUUGGCUGACUUAAACCAGCAGACCCCCAGCAAUCGCGCAGAUCAGGCAAAAAUAACAGAAGAAAACGACCCACAAACCCCUCCCAGAGAAGAUGCCGGGCUUCAAAGUGGCUCCUUGUCCGGCAAACGUGAUGGAAACACUGCCACACCUACCAUCUGCACCGACCCCGUCCCCAAACAAAGAAACAAGCGUGGGAGAAGCCGCAUUGAGCACGAAUCUCCCCAGAAAAAGCACAAGUGCCACUAUUCAGGUUGUGAAAAAGUUUAUGGCAAAUCAUCCCAUCUUAAAGCCCAUCUCAGGACACAUACAGGUGAGCGCCCCUUUCCGUGCACCUGGCCCAACUGCAGUAAGAAGUUUGCCCGCUCGGACGAGCUUGCCCGCCACUACCGCACACACACCGGGGAGAAGAAGUUCGGCUGCCCCCUUUGCGAGAAGCGCUUCAUGCGCAGUGACCACCUGAUGAAGCACGCCCGGCGCCACUCCGACUUUGAGCCUGGCAUGCUCAAAAGGCCCUACAGCACUGGCACCCGCACGGGCUCCCUCAGCGACUACAGCCGUUCGGACGCUUCCAGCCCCACCCUCAGUCCAGCCAGCUCGCCUUAAGCCCUCCUUGCACUGGACGCCUGCACUUUUGCCUCAGCUCGACACUUGUGUUGCACAUUUUGUGAGCACCCCUCUGCUGAUAACCUGCUUACUGUACUGUACUGUGUACGUAUCUGCCUAAUAUUAGUGCAAUCUCUCGGGCAAAUACUCUCCAACCUCUCCCGGCUGAUUCUAGAUGCAUUUCUAGCUCUAUAACUGUAAUGCUUUUUUUUUUUUUUUUUGUUUUAUAACUUUGCUUCAGAGAUCUGUUAAAGGUAUAUUUAAAUGUAUUUUAAACAAACAAACAAACAAACAAACAAACAAACAAAAAGAAUCAUGUCUGCACCUCAGGAUAACCUAUAACUGAUUGCACAAUACAAACAUCACUUUACUCUUUUUGAAAUUCAACUGUGUUUUUGAAUUUUGUUCCCCUCUCAGGGAUGGCCUAUCAUUUUGAAAGAAUGAACACAAUGAAGAUACACCCAUACUACAGCCUUACACUCAACAAGAUUUGCACUCUUGACUUUUUUUUUUUUUGUUUAGUUACAGUUAGUUUUCAUGCUGUCGAGGAAAACUAGCACUGGAAUUAUUAUUACAUUAAACCAAGGGUUUUUCAUAUUAGAAAUAAUACUUAGAAACAAAAAUGAGGGACUAAAGGAAAUAAACGACCACUUGCUGAUACUUUUGCGACUGGAAAUAACACACACAGACCUUUUUUUAUUUUCGUUUCAACAAAACAUUUCUCUGCACCCAAGAGAUUCGUUUCAGACUUGUGGGAACCUAUAUGGUAUUUAAAGGGAAUGCCUUUGCUCUGUAGGGAACUAUAGGUUAAACCAUGGUCUGUUUUCAUUUGUAAAAGCUAACGAACAUGAUCAAAUUUCUGCCUGUUGGAAAGCAGCUGUUUCAUAGUUUUAAAACAAAAAUUAGAUGCUUUUUUAUCACUGGGAAGGAGGGGAGACCUACUUCAUCAGACUAGUCGAACGAUCAUGUUCCCUUUUCUACAAGAAUCAGCUGUACUUGAAUAUUAGUGCAGCACUGACUUUCAUUUCGUUUUCCUGUGCACAUCUCUACAGUUGGUUUGCAGGUGUUGAACAGAACCAUCUGUAGAAUUAUCCUACUCAACAACCCGAUUUUAGCUUGUUAGUCAACUUUGCUGGGUCACUGCUCGCAUUUGUAAAUACAUGUAUCCCACAAGGAAUAAUUUACAGCAUACAAAGAGGAAUUCAAACUUUAAAACUCCUGAUUUCUGCUUUUCGUGCAGCAGGAAUUCAAAAUCUAAAGCCAAAAGGAAGGCAUGAUGCAAUUUUAUUAAAAAGCAGUGCCAAAUCUUUAUGGCUUUCUGAAUCAUGCUAAUUUGUUGUUCUCUCUCCCCAUUAAUUUCAACUUGUUGGGGUGAAAAAAAAAAAAAAAAUCAGUGAUUUAAUUGACAAAGGUACCCCUCAGGCAUGAAAAAUUGAUUCCUUUGGCCCAAUGCUUGCAGAAAAAAGUUAUAGAGAAUUAAGUCUCUCUUGAAAUGAAGGGGAAGGAAAUUGUUGCCAAGACGAGUAUUUGAAACCUUUCUCAGUGCUUCAUUAACUACAAGGAAAAAUGUGGGAAUUCUGUUAAUUAUUUACAGUAAAAUACUUUUUUUUGUUUUUGUUAAAGGAGUCCAUUUUCUUACCUCUAAGCACUAACAAAAUUGUUCCUGGUCCCCCUUUUAUUUUGUUGAAUAUCUUUUGCUCGUAUUUCACACUUCAAUUUGGAAUAUGCAGAUAUUUCAAAGACAAUGUUAUAGAAGUAAGUUACUGCUGCAUGUGACCUAAAGAAGAGGAAAUGAUACCAGAAAGAAACCAUUUAAAUAAAAUAAAAAAAUAAAAAACAAUCUGCAGAUCCUGAAUGUAAGAGGAGAACAAGCAAAAUAAUAGUGAGAUCUUCAAUGCUAAAAAAAGAGGGACGAGGCAUAAUUUCCAGUGCUGUGUCUACACAUAAAGGAAAAGUAAUUAACUAUAAAGCACAUCACAGGCCUAUUCAAAUAAACAUCUAAUUUGACAUAACUCUGGUGGUUGUUUUGUCAGAGAGGAACAUGGAAAAGGAUUACCUUUCAAGCUGAUUGAUUAACAAGGGGAAUGGGUGACUCUCAUUUUGUUGGUCUGAUAAAAAAAUAUCACAUCACCCCUUCUCCUUGGUUUUUCAAGCACCAAUAUGACUACACACUCUGUAUGAUUUAUUCUAUAUGGUACUUUUAUAAUAUGCUGUAAUCACAAAUGCUUUCAGACAGGAUGAUUCGAUCACAGUAGCAUUAAAGGGCUGAUAUGGUAAGAAGGAUACAUGGAGUCAGUAAUGGAAUAGAAUACCAGUCAUUCAAAAGGAUUAUAUUUUUGGGAAACUAGCAACAGCAGCUUUCAAACCAUGACCAUAGACGCAAGAUUUCUGAAUUUGCUUCUGUACAAAUGCAUGUAGUGUAUUUGCCCUAGAAAGUACUGUUCAAGGUUUUAAAAAAGUGAAAUAUUUAGUGGCUGCAUAGUACAUAUACUUUUUACUGUCAACAAGUCUGCGAAUUAACAGAAUUGUGAAAGGACCGUUGGUGCAAACUCUCAUUCUCAUAAGAAUUUGCUCACUGGGUCCUUAAGGUGUUGGUGAGUCUGGGCUGUCAGGGCCUGCCAAGUCCCCUCUGCUAUUGUGUUGCUGCACUCCCUCGUUAGAGACAGGAGAUUGGUCAAGUGGGAAUAAGUACGUCGGCUGUAAACUGAGAGGAAUGCUUCUCAUGAAGGAAGCAGGUGUGGGUGUGUGGGUGAAUGGGCCGCCUUGUCUGUGUGCCUCCCCCAAGGGCCUCUCCUCUGGGCCACCAAAAGCCACAUAAUCAGCUCUUUUAUUUCUGUUUUAUAAAGCCAACUCCUCUUACAAAAAUGUACCGCAAUAAACUGCAGUAUGCCACAGCAUUUAAGGGUAGAAUAAUGUUGUAUUGCUGUCUGGUGAAGUAAUACUGCAGGAGAAACGCCAAUAUGAGUAUGCUUGUGUUCUAAUUACCAUGUAUCUUGUCUAGAAUCUUUGGUCCCAUAGCCAAUGACUUCAGGCCCCAUGGCUAUAAACCAGUUUGAUCUAGAAAACAGAAGGCAGUCCUUGAUACUGCAAGCUAAGGGAAUUAUUCCGGGGAUGAUGAAAGGAGAUACAAACUGGAAUAUGACAUCCUAAUUCUCCAAUCAAACUUAUCCCAAAGCAGACUUGGUGGGCACUGUUCAAAUCCAGCUAUAGACUCUCACAAUUUGACAGGGAAUAGACUGUUUCUUCAUAUGUCUUCAAGUACCUCUUUUCUUAAGUGUUUAAUGAGGUUGUUCAUAUGACAAAUUGAUCAUGAAUUGAUGACAGCUUUUUAGGAAUUCAAUAGGAAAUUUUAGUUCUAAAAUACUUUUUGCAAAGAAGUUUUCCAUAAUUCCCCCAUACAUAUCCUUUCAGAAUAUCACUAUUUCAAAAAGCAGUUGAAAACAGCAUAUUGGGUGGUGUUGGUUAGUCUGCAUUAAAGGAAGAAUUUUUGUAACCGUAGACACAACAACGACAGUGUUUUCAACUGUGAGCCUUUUCAUUGGUUGAAUAUAUAGUUCAGCAAUAUUUCCUUUAAUGUAGGUGUUCACAAAACAGAGAACUACAUUUUGACUCCUGACUUGCAACAGACACUUUCUAUUUUAUCAGCAUUUUAAGUAAUGAGCAUUAUGGGCCUUUUUCACAAAACUUUACUGACCAUUUUAAGUAAUAUUUUUUAAGGCCUGUUUUUUUUAAAGAGUGUUUAUAAAUAUUAAUUAGUAAUUAAUAAAUCAAAUAUGCUUUAAAAAAACAAUUCUUAACAAAACAAUUCUCUAAAACGGUUCUUUGUGAAUUGGGCCCUAUAUUUCAGGUGUUCCUUUCCCCCUUGGGUAGAUCUAAAAGGUUCUUGUUUUUUUAACAGCUACAGUGUUUCAGGGAGGUGUACCAUGAAUCCAAGUAUAUUAUUCCAUCCUACAAAAACUACUUGACUCAGAAAUUAAAUUAAAGUUUUUUGUUUUUUUUUAAUAAAAGGCCUAUCUGCUUUCAGUAGGGAGCUGUCAUAUUAUUGUACAAAGAACCAUGAAUGAACAGAAAUGCAAAAAUUGACUGAAAAGAUAAGGGUAUUUUAAAAUCUAAUGUAUAUGUGUGUUGUUUUAUAUUUACCUGUUGUUUGGUUUUUCAUAACAUUUCUAGGUCAGUUUGAAAUCUGGGGAAACGCUGUUUUUAUUUUGUGUUUUGUAACUUAUAAUUUUUCUACUGGAGAAGCCAUUUUGGCAGCAUUCUGAGUGGUUUCGAUGCAUUUGACAGUAUCUUGCUGGGUUACCGACAUGAAACGGUAAACAAACCCAAACCCAACUUGUGCCACCUUCUCCUAAAACUAAAACCCCCUCUUGAAGCUACUUAUUUGAGCGGUUGGUAAGGCAUAUGACUGAGAAAGGGAUUCUCCAAGCUUUUAAAUUCAGGCAACUAUUUUCUUGUUAUGCUUUUUUCAUGUUUUUUUUUGUAAAUGUGUAUUCAGUAGCUUUGAUCAGAUUUAAUCCACUUUAUACUGUAUUUGGUAUACUCCGAGACCAUAGCAUUGUGAAGUAGUAUAGAGCCUUCUCAUUUUUAUGUUUUGUAUUGGCUAGGUAAAAAAGAAAGAGGGCCCAGGAGUUACGUUUGUACAGGAUGAAACAUGUAUUUGGUUCAUACAAGACUCCAGUUUACCAUGCUUAAAUCAAAUUUGAUGACCAUUUUUUUCACUUCCCAAGCCCUCUUUUUGAAGGGAAAACAGUUUAAAUUCUGCUUUUGGUCGGCAAAUAGUGGCCACUCAAAUUUUAGUCUAGUAACGGUGCUGCCUCACUCAUCCCAGCACAGUAAUAUAAUCAGUGAAAUUAACUUUUUACUCUGUUUGAGAUGACAAGCAAUGUGUACAACCUUAAAGUCAGCUAGGAUUUUUUAAAAUGACUAACAUUUUUAGUUUUAUUUUACCAAAAUAAAUCCAAAAAACUUGC